CAUGUUGGUGCAGAGUGGUGAAGAGAGACAGACAGAGCACAGGGAGUAUUCACCCGGUCGUCACCCUCCUCUUCUGUUAAAGGGGCAGUUUUUGUUUCUCUCUCAGGAUGUCAACAGGAACCAAAUUGGUGUCGGUGGACUUUGAGAUCUUCGGUCAUGUUCAGGGAGUUUGUUUCAGAAUGUACACAGAGAAGCAGGGUCUGCAGCUCGGCCUGGUCGGCUGGGUGAAGAACACCUGGGGUGGGACGGUGGUGGGACAGGUCCAGGGUCCUGCUGACAUGGUGGAGGAGAUGAAGGUGUGGCUGAGUAAAGAAGGAAGUCCAGGCAGUCGGAUCACCAGAGCCUCCUUCACCAACCAGAGAAGCAUCGACAAGCUGGAGAUCUCCGGCUUCAAGACGCGCUUCUGAACAGCGAAUCAAACGUACCCUGAAGGGCUUCGCUUCCCUGCUCAGAGCAGAAACACUGAGAGCUGCUUCUAGUGUUCAGAGCUGUAGAGAUCUGAGUGUAGAUGUUAUAUCCAUGCUCCUGUGGAGUCUGUGAAGGACGACUCCUGAAUGACACACUGGAGCUGGAGACUGUCUGUAGAAGGCCUCAGAUUGAAUCCAGACGAGAUGGAAACGUAUGGGCUGAAAGUGUUCUGUCAUAUUAAUAACUUUAUUGAAAUAUUUUAAUUAUAAUAAAAAGAAAAUGUUGAUGUAAUGUAUCCAGCACUUUAAAAACACCCACUGCUUUGAGGAAAGUUUCUACGGAAGCAGCUGCAGCUACUAUGUUUGUAAAUUAGGUGUGAUUAAAGUCAUUUUACCACUGUU